UUAUUACAUCUGUAUUAAAACUGAAUCUGAAUCUGAUAUGAAUAAGUUAACUAUAUAUCAAAAUAACCUAAAACUCAUAAUUUGUAUACAAUUCAACUCUUCGUUCUCACUAAAUGGGUCAUUGCUGGGAUCAACAUUACAUAACUUUUCUUUUUCAUUUUAAAUAAUUAUCACCCUGUUUACCUUACCCUGCUCAGAGACCUUUAUCAAUGCAUACUGUUAUCCCGUUGGCUCAAACUUUUCCUAAGCCCAUUACUGCUCUCCAACAAUGAUUUUUCAUUCUGCUAUCCUAUAGUAAUAACAGUUUUAUUACAGACGUAUAUGGUAGUCAGUUGAUAUCUAUGUAACUGUGCUUGAGAAUAUGAUUUUAGCUUGGCCCUGUUCCUACAGGUGAUGGUAUCUCCGAGAUGAAAGUUGACAAGGAAAAAGAUGCCAAGUCAAUGGCGGCAUUUAAAGUGUGCAUUAAGAACAUCACCGAAGCUAUUCCUGCUGAAAAAUGCAAAACCACAACUCUUUUUCUAGGAGCAACUGCUGGAAUGAGACUGCUACAGUGUGCCUUGAGAUUUUUUUUUGUCCUUUGGUUUGCCUUGGGCCAAAAAAGUUUGGGAACCACUGCUCUACACCACUCCUCACUAAGCUCAGUCAUCCACAUAGCUCAGUUGUGGUUCCAUGGCAGGAUAACCAGAGAAGAAUCGCAUCGCAUUAUCCACCAGCAGGGACAAGUCGAUGGGUUGUUUCUGCUCAGAGUCAGUCAGAGUAAUCCCAAGGCGUUUGUGCUCACGUUGUGCCAUCACCAGAAAAUCAAACAUUUCCAGAUACUACCGUGUGAAGAGGACGGCCAAAUCUUCUUCAGCCUUGACGACGGCUCCACCAAAUUCACCGACCUGAUUCAGCUGGUGGAGUUCUACCAGCUCAACAGAGGAGUGCUGCCUUGUAAACUCAGACACCCGUGCACCUUCGUGGCCUUAUGACAUCGUCAGAUCACCUGACCUCCGUCACUUGACCUGACUCUGCCUAAAACAACAACACAAAUCUUCCUGUUGGCGUUUCGUUUUUUUAUCUCUUCAAGAAGCUGGUGAAUUGACUGAUGUUCCGCUGUCAUUUUGAUCUGUUGUGAGUCCUCUGAAGACUGCUGAAUUGUUGGAAUCCUUUUGCAUGAAUGUUGGAGGAGUCGGACUGACAGAUUGCUCACAAGGUUCCUCGCUCGAGAAGAGAACAGAUAAAGGAAAUGAACACUGCCCUUUGUGUCAAUGCUCUUGCAAAUUCUUCUACAAUCUUGCUACCCAUAGUCAUCAAUAAGCUUGGACACACAGUGAAACUCAAUGUUUAUCUUCACAAAGUGUAGACUGUGUUUCCUUUCAACUGAACAAUCAGCAGGACCACCCUCUGCUCUCCGAGAACAGACUGUAAUCGCAUUCAAGUCUUCAUCACACGUCCUCAAAACAUAAACUGUUGAUGGAGAGUUGAUUUCUCUUUAGUUUUGCACUCAUGGAACUGGGAGUUGCCUUUGACGGUGCAUGACUUCUCAGCUGUCUUAACUGUGAGAUGGUUCCACCGCCCUCUAGUGUCAUAGGCAUGCAAGGACAUGUCAAAAUUCAGCAUCGACGAUAUUUAGAAGCCCCAGAAAGAGACACAGAAGUUUGUCAAAGUCAAACUAGCUGGAGGAAAAAUCUGGAACUGUUGAAACAUUAUUUUUUAUUUGUGGACAACACAAAACCUGCAUCGCGGCCCUCACAGAAAUGCUCAUCUCUCAGCACACAGGGUUUCCUUUCUUAUUGAUACAUUCAUUGUUUUGUAAUUGCCCCUUUUGCAUUCUGGAUAUUUGCAACUCUUCAUUAUUUGCGUGCUCCAUUUCCCUAAAGUAUGUCCGAUGUAACUUCCACAAAAAUAGAAAAACAUUUAUCGAAGGGUGAAAAAACAAGUAAUAACGUUAGAGGAUGUUUAUAGCCAUGUAGACAGAUGUGUUGCGUGGAAGGUUGGAAAGUGGAUCAGGUAUUUAUUUGGUGGGAAAUGUGUACGUGCAGUAGUUGACUGCAGGAAAAGGCAUGGUGAGAGUAUCAAUAUGUUAUUCAAUUCUCCUGCACAGGGGAGAAUAACCACUAGCAUUUCCCUCAGGUGUUUUUCAAGGAAACAAAAUAAUUACAUCAGAUCUGAUUUGUCCUGACCUUGUUUCAAAUGUUGUCCCACAAAUGUAUCUCCUGGGAGUUGUGAGAUAGAGUUAGAUAUACAUGGUUAAGUGUGACUGUUCAUUACAUUACAUAUAAUGCGGCCUUGGUCUGCCUGGCAGUACCUGUGUGUACUGACACAUCACAUAUAAGCCUCUUGCCCUCAGCACGCCACCUCUUAAUGAAAUCAGGCAGAAUGUUUUAGAAAGUAAGCUAAAGGUUUGGGAAAAAUAUGUAAUAAGAGAAGCGUAUAGAAAAGAUA